AUGAACCAACGAGGUUUCAGCGUUCGUUUCAUGAACGAGAUCAUAGAAGUUAUCACAGGCAAUCACUACUAGUUACCACUUUUCCCCAUCUUGAGAAACAGUCAACGCUUAUAAAUGUCGACGUAUCCCAGAAAAGACAAGUGAGAACCUUGUUAAAUUAUCACUUGAACAGAAGAAGCAGCUCAUAUCAUUCAUUGACUUUUUAUUCAUCUCGGCAUAUCCUCAACGUCCCCCUCGCUUGGGUAACCCCUCCAAACCAUAUUUGAGACAUUACUGUGACAUCUACCUUGGCUACUACUGCAUUUUGGUGUCACAGCUGCAUAAACAAAUUCCUCUUCCCACAACAACUUGUUCUGUCCUCUAUUAUUCUCUCCUCUCACCAUCGUCAUUACCAUUUUUCGCAUUCCCCCCCAAUUAUUUAUCCAACCCCUGCAUCUAAACCUGCAGCUCCCCUAGCCCUGGCAUCAAGAUAGCGUCAUCGAUUAAGCUCACGCGGCCGAACGAGAUAACAGAUAUUGGCGAUUGAACACGUCAACGACAUUCUAUUCCUCUGUAGCGACAUCAAUUGGAUGUGCCUGAUAUCAAUCUUCCAUUCAAGCAUACUAAACUAACCGCUGUAUCGCUCAAUCGCUUUUCUGCAGCUCAUUUAUCCCAUUCCCCUCCACCUGACAAAGUGUUGGGGAUAUAAGCGCCAGCCACCUUUCCACGACAAAUAGCUUCAUCAGAUCAGUCAUGUCAGCUCCAAGCACAUUUGGAGAGCUGGGUCUCUCCAUCAUCGGCAUCAGCGCCGAGUACCCACCACAUUCCCUAGAUUAUACUUGCCUCAACACUCUUAGUGACAGAUUCUAUCCCGAUACACCUUCUAUGCAAAAAGUCCUCGGAAUCAACAGAUAUACCGGAAUUGACACACGGUCGUCCAUUGGAACACCCGACCACCCAGCUGUCAACAAGAAAGAUGCGCCCUCAAUAGCAGAGCUCCACACUCUGUUUCUCUCCGAUGGUGUUCCUCUCGCGAUUCGAGCCGCUCGAAAGGCCAUUGACGAGGCCAAGAUUGACACAAGAUUCAUUACCCACAUAGUCGCCACAACAUGUACAGACAGCGCAAACCCGGGUUUCGACCACUUUGUCGCAAAAGGUCUGGGCAUAACGCAUGGUGUAGAGAAGGUCUUGCUUCAUGGUGUUGGUUGCAGCGGUGGACUAGCAACUCUCCGAACAGGCGCGAACCUAGCUCUUGGUCAUAAAGCACGCGGUUUGCCCGCGCGCGUUCUGUGUGUAGCACUUGAGGUUAGUACCACUAUGGUACGUAGUGAGCUAGAUAGCAUCAACGAGCUGCAGCAGACAAGAAUAGGUGCAUGCCUUUUUUCAGACUGUGGUAGUGCCGCUGUGUUGAGCAACGGUAUCGGUGAACCUUCUGAACCGGUAUAUGACCUCCUCGGCUGGGACCACAGGACCAUACCAGAUACUGAGGAUGACUUGGGGUUUGAUGUUGACCCAGUCGGCUGGAAAGUUGUUCUCACACCUCGUGUUCCCAAGCUCACUGCUGCCUCAAUUGGCCCAGCUUUCAACGACCUCAAGGCAUCUCUGCCUCAACUCCCUCCAGACUACCAGAAAGCAGCCGACUUCGACUGGGCGAUGCACCCUGGCGGCGCUACCAUCCUUUCCGGCGCUGAGAGAGCCAUGGAUAUUACACCGGAACACCAAAGGGCAAGUUACGACACAUACAUCAAUCAUGGCAACUCAAGUUCAGCUACCAUCUUCAGUGUCAUGGAUCGCCUACGUUCGAAAGAUAUGGAUGCCAUGGCGCCUGACGGACGAGUUCGUGACUAUGUCGUUGGUUGUGCUUUCGGUCCUGGUAUCACAGUUGAGAUGUGCAUGUUGAAGCGGAAUAUGUCUCAUGGCGCAGGCCUGCCUGGCCUACAAACUCCACCAGAGACACCGGCUGAAACGGAGACUGAGCCGAGUGAAAUCGGGGACGGAGAUGGUGAGUGGGGCCGUGAGUUGAGCGGAGAUCCGGCCGAGUCGCCGGAUCAGUAUGCAUUGUUUGUGGCCGACUCGUUGGAGCAUCUAGAUCUAGAUUAGCAUGGAGUUGUGGAACAAGGUUAAUUAUCAUCCAGUUCGAGGGCGUUGGUUGACAGUAGUUAGAAGCAAGCAACAAAAGAGUAGAGGUAAUGUGAUUAUGUACACUUGUACGUCUACCACAAAGCGUGUUCUAAUACUGUGACCCCCAAUUCGCUUUCGGUUACACAUAGAAUUAUUAAGUGCGGAUAGCUCGAACCAUAAUUACUAUGCUACCACUCGUCACGACCUCGUUCCGAGCAGGCCAUGAGGAAUGUGGCGGUCUGAGGAGUACAACGGAAAUUUUCUCCUAUUGCGUUACCUGCAAGAUCGUCUGCAAGCAAGUGUAGCUAGCAGAGACAUUACACCAAGGUGGGAAGUUAACUUUGCCUCAUCCGAAUAUAAAGAAAGCCGUUGCCAAGCCUCAGCCUUUGCCGAAUACAUUGCCGGUUUGAGAGAGCGGUCUGUUCUUGUUCCUGCAUGAUGGAUGAAUGUGAAGUGCGCCCUGUCAAAACAACCAACAGGUGGUGUGUUGAUCAAAUCAGGAAUGAGGAUCGGCGAACUCGUCAACAUAUCCAUAUAUCCUCGUUACCCAUUGUGUACUUGUUUGUUCAGUGACUGGACAGUCUCGACUGAUGGAUUAUUACCCGGAGGAGCAAUGUUGUCUGCUCAUUGGCUUCAAAUACGAUGACGAUAGCCCUGAUACGCCUAACUGCAGAAGAAAUUGGGCUUUCAUCAACAAAUUCGCUUGAUGACUCUUAAUGCUUGUCCCGCCCUGACUUUGACGCCAACCGCGGUAGUAUAGACUGGGGUCAAGAAGCGUUAGUUGCAUGUAAGGGGAAAAGAAAGAGGGGUCCUAUCCUAUAGGAUGUAAAAAAGGCGUAAAUGACAAAUCAGACAGACGCAUCAAAGGCUAAUGAGAAGGUCCCUAGAAU